GCGCGAUUGUGACGGAUUCGUGGCAUUUUUUACGCCAGCUGAUUCAUAAGAUUUCACAUUUUGGUGAUCUUAAAUUUACAAUCAAGUAUCGUAGUGACUAUAAAACACAAAAAAUAUUAUAUUUUAAUCGUAAAUAUGCAUUUAAAUGACCCUUGAAAAAAAUUCUCCCGCCAACCUGCAGGGGGCACGCUGCCCGUACACCCUCGUAGAGCUCUACUUUUUUUUGUGAUUUCGUGGAUUUUUUAGUGGAAGCAUUUCCAGUUCCAAAAAUCGCCCUCUACAAUGGCUCAGGCAGGUUCCUCCUGUGAAGCCGGUGAUAAGAGAUUGAAUCUGAAGAGGAAGAGAAACUCUACAGAUGAUGAGGUUGAGAAUAUGCCCCCAGCAAAGAUUUCACAAAAAUUAGAAGAAGAAUUAAAUGAUCAGGCAGCUCAUAAUGUAGUAGUUGAAUCAUCAUCUUGCUCCAGUGAUGAUGAAGUGUACACAAACAGUGAACAACCCAAGAGUGUUUACACAGACAUAGAUUAUAGUGCUGAUAGUUUUCUAAGCCCACCGAGUAUACCCGAGCUACCAAACUGUGUCCUUAGUCCCUUGGAAAAUGUGGCGAGAGGUGACUCUACUCCACACUCCAACAAAAGGCCAAGCACUGCCAAGACCCAAUGUCCUUCGCCCCCCAAACGUAAGUGUCCCCUGCCAGGGCUGUCCUGGGCCGACCCGGCUGAUGUAUGGAGGAGUAUGUGUGAAUGUGAUGCAUUAUCCAGCAUGAAGAAGAAUCCCAAUAUGUUUGACAAUCAUCCCAAUUUGCAGCCGAGAAUGAGAGCCAUUUUACUGGAUUGGUUGAAUGAGGUAUGUGAAGUGUACAAACUGCACAGAGAAACGUUCCACCUGACCGUGGACUACGUGGAUCGUUACCUGUCCAACACUGACGACGUGCAGAAGGGCUGUUUGCAGCUAAUCGGCAUAACAUGCCUCUUCAUCGCGGCAAAAGUGGAAGAGGUGUACCCGCCGAAGAUCGGCGAGUUCGCGUACGUGACCGACGGCGCGUGCACCACCGACGAGAUCCUCCUCGAAGAGCAGCUCAUCCUGAAGGUGCUGUCGUGGAGCAUAACGCCGAUCACCAUCAACAGCUGGCUGAACAUCUACAUGCAGCUUGCGAGCGAGGGUCGGAGCGCCAAGCGGCGGCUGCUCGGCGAGCGGGACGUGGGGGCGAACGCUCUGCGGGGCUACACGUUCGUGUUCCCGCAGUACUCGUCGCUGGAGUUCGUGGUGUGCGGCCAGCUGGUGGACCUGGCGGUGCUGCACGUGGACGUGAACCACUUCGCGUAUAGCGCGGUCGCCGCCGCCGCCAUUGCGCACGCCUUCAGCAAGGACCUGGCUGUGCGGGUUUCGGGCUACAGCUGGGAGGCGCUGUCGGCCAGCUACGCGUGGCUGCAGCCGUUCGCGCGCGUGGUGCGCGGCGCGGGCGGCGUGCGCGUGGUGCGCGGCGCGGACGGCGAGCACGUGCAGCGCGCCGCCGGCCUGCACCUCAUCUGCCCCGACCUCAACCUCGACGAGAGCCACCGCAUCCAGGCGCACAACGUCACGCUUGACAUGUUCGAUAAAGUGUACGAGCUGAUGUUAGAACAGAGCAGCAGCCAGGACUCCGGGCCGCAGCACGUCUACCCGCCCACGCCGCCGCAGUCCGACCACAAGAGCCCCAAGACGCCAUCAGCUACACCCUCCACUAGACUCUCUCCGCUACCCGAGAUGAGGCUCGGGGAAGUCUGAUACCGGACUUGAAGAGUGAAAUAGUGACUAGUGUUGUGUUAAAUGACUGCAUGGAUGUUUUCUCAUGAUGGACAGAAGUUAGAACUGUAGUAAUAUAAUAAUGUUACAAGAAAAGUCAAAUGUACAUAAAUUUUGAUAAAUCAAUACACAGGUAUUCAGAACUAAUUUGGGAUGGACUGGCCUUGGUGAUAUGGGUCACCAUAUCACUGAUAAAUAGUUGUUUAAAGUGAUAUGUUAUAAUGUCUAAUGUGUCAUGGCUUUUUCUCAUAAAAGUUGGGGACUUAGUAUCAGUCAUUUGAGAUAGAUUGAUACUUCUUUUAUGGCAGAAAUUAACCCUAGAGAACUUUAAUGAAGGGGUCACAUUAAAUUAAUAAACGUUUUACAUACUGACAGUACUCAGGACUCAAUGAAAUGCAUUAAUAAAGUGUGAUAAUGGAAUCAAACAAAGAAAUUGAUUUGAGAGUAUUUUUAAAACAUACGAAUCAAUAUAUUACUGAGGAAAAUAUUUAUCAAAAAUUUAAGCACCUUCAGGACAUCUUUCCUUACUAAUGAAAUACAUAACCUUUAAUUUCGGAUAAGAUGGAUGCUGGAUAAGAUGUAAAAGUUCUUAGAUAGGGUAAGUGAAUCUUCUAUAACAACAAUACUUUCAAGUGAAGUGGGACUGAAAGUGAUUACAAGAUUAUUUCGACACCUUUAGUUUUGAAAUAUUAAAAAGUCAAUAAAUGAAUUUAGUUCUGUAUAUGUGUUAUAAAGCAUAUAGUACAUUUAAAAUAAUUAAUUAAAAUCAUCUACCCUAGGAAAUAUAAUAUCGAUAAAAGAAGUCGGUAUUGGUAAAAGCAAAAUGAAAUAAUAUUUAACAUAAGUACGGCUUAUGAAAGGCACAGUCUGGAAAAUAUACUUUCUUGAAUCAAUUUUACUUUUCACAAAGCAUUUAGAUUUGAUGUUUCCAUAAUAUUACUUUUAAAAUUAUUCACUAUACAGCCUACACAUUGAUAUAAAAAGAGAAAAAU